ACGGAUUUUGAAAGCGAACAUGCGGGAAAAGUCGAUCGAUCGUCUCGUAAAACUUUUCCCAAGUUUAAUGGUAAAACCACGCCACAUCCACGCCUUUUUGUUGUUUUCACUCAAUAAAACCGGCUCUGCAUCAUGAGAAUCUUCCUUAUCCUUGUUCCCCUCCUCUCACUUGCCCACGAUGGCUUGUGCCGGGCCGUCGCUCCGCAAUCUGCCGGCUCCUCGUCCACCGUCGCUCGUUACAAACGGGUGCUGCUCUUCAAGGCAAAGAAAUUUGUGCAACUUCAUAACCAGGAAAAGCACAGGGAUAAUGUUGUGUAAAGCUGAAAAGGAAGCUGGUAUUCAAGACACUGGACAGCUUUUUCUUGGAAUGGAUUUUGGUACAUCUGGUGCUCGGUUUGCUCUCAUUGACAAGCAUGGAAAACUUUAUGCUGAGGGAAAAAGAGAAUAUUCAAAUCCAUCAUCACAGGUCCAUAGCGAAAUAGAUUGGGCAACUUCCUGGAAGAAUGUACUUUUCAAAAUUCUUGAAGAUAUACCACAGACCCUUUGUUCCCGUGUUUCUUCCAUAUCAGUUGAUGGGACAUCUGCAACCACAAUGAUAAUUGACAGUGAGACUGGGGAGCCUCUGUGCAGACCAUUCCUGUACAAUGAAAGCUUUCCUGAUGCUUUGCCAGUUGUUUGUUCCAUAGCUCCUAAAAAUCAUACAGUGUGCUCUGGUUCUUCUACCCUUGCCAAGCUUGUUUCAUGGUGGGCUGCAGGUAUCCCAAAAAGAAAAUCCUCCAUAUUAAUGCAUCAAGCCGACUGGCUUCUGUGGCAUUUACAUGGAAAGCUAGGUGUAUCUGAUUACAACAAUGCCCUAAAGGUUGGUUAUGAUCCCGAAUCUGAGGCCUAUCCAUCAUGGCUGCUUUCACAGCCAUAUUCAUAUAUGUUGCCCACUGUCAGAGCUCCAGGAACUCCAGUCGCUUUCAUAAAGGAAGAUGUCAGAUUGAGAUUUGGUCUGUCAAGAGACUGUAUUGUUUGUACUGGCACCACAGACAGCAUAGCAGCUUUUCUUGCUGCCCGUGUUGCAGAGCCUGGGAAAGCUGUUACAUCUUUGGGUUCAACACUGGCAAUCAAGCUUCUAAGCACUUCUCGCAUUGAUGAUGCACGCUUUGGUGUCUACAGCCACAGGCUUGAUGAUAUGUGGCUUGUUGGUGGUGCUUCUAACACCGGGGGAGCUGUUCUUAGAAAAUUAUUUACAGACAAGAAGCUAGAAGAACUAAGUGAAAAAAUUGAUCCCUUGAAACCUUCUUCUCUUGAUUACUAUCCUCUGACUUCAGUUGGUGAAAGAUUUCCUGUUGCAGAUGCAAAGUUGGAGCCCAGGAUGAGCCCUCGACCAACCGACGAUGUGGAAUUCUUACAUGGCAUUCUUGAAUCUAUUUCUCGAAUUGAGGCUAAGGCAUAUAAACUGCUUGAAGAACUUGGAGCAACAGAGCUGGAGGAGGUAUUCACAGCAGGAGGUGGUUCAAAGAAUCCACAAUGGACAAAGAUACGCGAGCGAGUGCUGGGGGUGCCUGUCGCUCGUGCAGCCCAAACAGAGGCUGCAUAUGGUGCUGCCCUUUUAGCACUCAAGGGUGCUCAACAGAAUUUUCAAUAGGGGGAGAAGAUCUGAUUUUCUCUGCAAUUCAGUAUACCACAAAGGCAUGGAGUACAUUGUCGUCGUAUUUUGUCUCGGGCAGUCUUUCCCUUCUGUGGUUCUGAAAUAUAACUGCAUAACUUUAUUCCGAAACCCUUUUCUCAUUUUGUUCGUACACGAUCUUUGUCCUCUCCCUUGAAAUUCUCGAAUGAAAUUCACUUCUCUGGAAA